UUCAUUUUCUCUCACUACAUCUCUCUCACUCAUACCCUACGUCACUUUCUCUCUCUUCGCCGUCAACCUCACCGCCACCGUCACUCACCAUACACACAUGGCAGACACUCAGAGAAACAGAAACCGUCCCGCCGCCGUCGGUCACCGGCAGCCAAACCGAUUGCAAAGCCGUGCUCCGUCAUCACUCCAGAUCAACCGCAACGUCGAUUGGAACGUCGCGAUUCCCCUUCUGUCGCCGGUGGAUUCGUCACCGCUGCCUCAACAACUGCCGUUAGCAGCCAAAAGAGAAGAGCUCAAACCGAAUCAGCAGCAGCAGAGACGGCAGAUCGCGGAGACGGAAAAGAUGGUUUUCAAAAAGUGGCAGCACCCUGCCGCUCCGUUUUGCUACGAGGCUACUUCGGUGGUUCCUCCAUUUUGUUAAUUUAACAUGUAAACUUUGAAAAGAAGGAAAACUUAAAUGUAAUUUAACACUGUUUUUUUUAUUACUGUACACAUACUUGAUAUUUGACAUAAUUUCAAUUUCGUAGUCAUAAUUAUUAAAUAAGACUUUUUUUUUCUUG